CCAUUGACGUCUAGAUGCUAAAAAGAUCGUUUGCUAAAGCAAGUUGAUUAAAUGAACUGAAAAGGCAGUGACCAGAUACAUUUGCAUAAUGCUUGAUGACAGGAAUGUGGAAUCUACUUGCUGUGGAUGUCUGUCACACAUAAAAGAAUCAAGAGGACUCAUACUAUUUAUAGUUUCAGUUGCAAUUUUACUGGAUAAUAUGCUUUUGACUUCUGUUGUUCCUAUCAUUCCAUCCUUUUUAUAUCAUCUGGAGCAUCCGGGGCAAACAACUACUUCCACUCACGAACUGAGUCAGGGAAUCCAUCAAGUUCCAGUUCCGCAAAUGAAUUCGAACUUUCCCUAUUUCUUGAGUCGUUUUGCCCAACCAAUCGAAGAUCAAGAUUCAGAUUGGGAUGUUCCAGGAAUCACUCUGGUCCCCGACGAUGUGUUCGAGAAGAGUUAUACUGAAGCAAUCCCAAAGGAGGUCGCUACAUCGUCUGAAGGUACUAAGGUUAAAAAUGCAGAGUGGAAGAGAAAAAAACUUAUCAGGCACCAAGAACUGGUGGAUGAAAGUUUCGAAGUCGGUAUCUUGUUUGCUUCCAAACCGUUUACUCAGGCCAUUGCAAAUCCAUUCAUAGGAACUCUGAGCAACAAAAUAGGUUAUAGUGUCAUACUCUUCGUGGGGUUUUUAAUUCUGUUCACAACAUCAGUGGGAUUUGCUAUUGGGAAUAGCUACACUGCUUUGUUCUUGGCAAGAGCAUUCCAAGGUAUUGGGUCUUCAUGCACAAGUGUAGCAGGUAUGGGUAUGUUGGCCGAAAAGUAUCCAGAUGACGUGGAGAGGGGCAAUGCUAUGGGCAUCGCCCUGGGUGGACUGGCAUUGGGCGUGCUCAUUGGACCUGUGUUUGGAGGAACGCUCUACGAAUUUGUGGGAAAAGCUUCGCCUUUUCUCAUUUUAGCAUGUUUAGCUCUGUUCGAUGGAAUUUUGCAGCUUCUAGUAUUACAACCGAAGAUUAAGAAGCAAGAGCAGGAAGAUACGCCCCUAUUGUCUCUGUUGAAAGAUCCGUACAUCAUGGUUGCAGCUGGUGCAAUCACAUUCUCCAACAUUGGAAUAGCCGUACUAGAACCUUCGUUACCACUGUGGAUGAUGGAUACUAUGGAUGCAACAAAAUGGCAACAAGGUGCAGCUUUCCUUCCGGCCAGCUUCUCUUACCUUAUUGGGACAAAUUUGUUUGGACCACUUGGAACAAAAAUCGGAAGAUGGUUAACAGCUAUGGUUGGAUUACUUGUCAUCGGUGUCUGCCUGAUUUGUGUUCCGUUUGCGAAAUCAGUCGAGGAAUUGAUUCCAACCAAUGCGGGAAUUGGAUUUGCGAUAGGAAUGGUUGAUUCUUCCAUGAUGCCGUUAUUGGGGUACUUGGUGGACAUCAGACACACUGCUGUUUAUGGAGGCGUCUACGCAAUAGCAGAUAUCGCUUUUUGCCUGGGAUUUAUUCUAGGACCUCUUCUCAGUGCCACGAUUGUCCAACGACUAGGAUUUGAAGGAUCAGUAUGCGCAGUAGCACUCAUCAGUUUCUUGUAUGCUCCGUUGAUGCUAUUCCUUAGAAAUCCACCAGGAAAAAAUGAACAAAAAAUAAUAUCAAGGAGAAUCAGUUCAGGGAAAUAUGUGGAUGAUGAUGAUGAUGAGGACGAAGAAAGCCCAUUACAGAAGCCAGAAAAAAAUUGUUAUUAAGUUGGAAAAAUAUACUAAUAAAAUAAAUACAAAUAUUGUUUUU